CGAACGCAGUCGAACGUGCCAACAUCAGAAAAUCGAUGCUGGAUAAGGUGGUUGGAGCAAGGGAACAGGUACAGGGUGACUAGAAGACUAGAACGUCUGGGGCCGUCUGGGGCGAAGUUGAAGGUAUUUGGUCGGCGUCGGAAGGAAUAGUUUCCGAGGAAGCUGGUUUGAUAUCAUGCUUCAGUUUUUCAGGUAAACCAAUAAGGAUGAAACUAGUGUCUUGCGAUACUUUUGUGGUACUGCCACCACUUACUGCACAUGGUGGCGUUAUUUUUGGCAAGAAUUCAGAUCGCCCUAAAGGAGAGGUACAGGAAUUGAUAUAUCAGCCUGCACAACAACAUUCUGCUGGAGAUAAACUGCAGUGCACUUACAUCAUGGUGGAGCAAGUGGAGGCAACACAGGCUGUAAUUCUCAGCAAGCCAGCAUGGAUGUGGGGAGCUGAAAUGGGGGCCAAUGCUAAUGGUGUUGUCAUUGGCAACGAGGCUGUUUGGACCAGAAUGAAUGAUCCUUCAGACUGUGAUGAGAAGUUGCUGGGAAUGGAUCUGGUUCGGUUAGGUUUAGAACGUUCACAGACUGCAGAGCAAGCUGUGGAUGUUAUAACUGAAUUGCUGGAAAGAUAUGGGCAAGGAGGACCAUGCUCAGAUAUAAUACCAAAUUUUACAUACCACAAUUCAUUUCUCAUUGCUGAUCCCAAAGAGGCUUGGGUGCUGGAAACAGCUGGAAAGAUCUGGGCUGCUGAGAAAAUUACAGCUGGAUGUCGAAAUAUCUCAAACGCUUUAAGUAUCGGGACCAAAAUUGAUAGAAGCUCUGCUGAACUCAAGGAAGUUGCACAAAAGCAUGGACUAUGGGAUGGUCAAGGUGAAUUCAAUUUUGCAAGUGUUUAUGGUGGAGAUAAGGGAAGUGACCCAGAACGGGAAAUUUGUGGGAGUAAUCUGUUGAAGACCUUGUCAGCAGACAGUACCUUUGAUGUGUUCAAUAUGUUUCAAGUUUUAAGAGAUGAAGAUAGUGGAAUCUGCCGCAAGCCUGAUGAUGCCUUUCCUACAACUGGCAGCCAGGUAUCAGUAUUAAGUGCUGUAGGAAGUGGGAAACCUCAUUGUCAUUGGUUCACUGCAACUCCGAAUCCUCGAGCAUCAGUGUUCAAGCCAUUUAUCUUCACUUCUGAGGCAAGAAUUUCUCAGCAUACAUACAGCCCAGUGUUUGAUGAUGAUCCAGCUAAGAUAGUUCCACGCUUCCAAAGAGAAGUGGAUCGAGCCCACACACUCUACAGAUUGCAUGCAGAAGCUAGCGAUAAUGCUCGUUCACUGCUCAAAGAUAUGGAGUUGGGCUGUGUAGCAGAUGUGAACAAGUUCCUUGAUGACUUCACCCCAGGACAGAGUCUUACUGAAGUUGAUGACCUCCUCAAAGAUGUUGUUGAAACAGAAGUCAAGUUCUACAAAUAAAUGAAUGAGUGGAGAGUUGUACUGAUUAAGUUGAAUGAGAAGCAGUUUCUUCUUCACUUUUACUGCCCAGAACACAGCUGUCUUCUGGAUCAAAUGGGCUUCAUAAGGGUGUCAUUAGUAUUUUUCAUUCUUGGGAACUUUUGUUGGGGAAGAAAACUGCCAGAAAUUCCUUUGUAAGAGAUAAUUUGGGAAUGGGAGUUGGGCAGCUGUUUAAGGGGAUAAAGGACAAGAUCAUUUUGCUAUUUGAAUCUGAGAUGUGAAAUGUAGUAGCUUACAGAAAUAUUGAGUCACACUGCAGAGUGGUAACUAUGAGAAUACAACCUGUAACAAUUUUGCUACCAUUUUUAUUAGUUCAUAGUUUUAAUUGAAUUUUUAAGUAUGACAUAUCAUUCCAUGAUUAAACAAACACAUCUGAAUUAUUAUCCACAAGAAUGGGAUUUUAACCUUAAAAAUAGAAGAUUGUUUUAUUCCUUAGGUAACCUGUUUUUUCGUUCUGAGAAAGAUUUUGAAUCUUAGAAAUUUCAGCCAAUAACUUUUUGGCAGAUAAGAUUGAUCUGAAUGCAUGCAUUCUGCCAACAUAUGCAUGGUGCAGUUUUAAAGUUUUGCUGUUUAUUACAGUAUAUACCAAGAAUAUGAAACAAACACAAAAUGAAAGGCAAACUGUGGUAGUUAUGUCUGUAUAACCACCAUCACUGUUUUGCUCAACAGCAGCUUCACUAAGUGGGUGAACAACUAGCAGCAGUUGCUGGCAUAGGUAACCUAUCUCUUUCAAACUUUCCUAACUUGGUACCAUAACAGUUUGGUCUUGAAGAUAAUAAAUGAAAAGGCAUAGAACUUACCAUAAUAUGCCUUUAUUUAUAUACAGUUUGAACUCUAACAAUGCAUGAUGUCUUGCUGUCUUUUCUUAGCCAAUAUUUGAAACAUAUUAGUGAGAAGGCAGUUUCUGUGACAUUUACAAAUUAUGAAUUCAGCCUCAAAGUGGCCCUGACUUGCUGAAGAAAGUUAAUACGUGGAGUUACAUUGCUUGCCAGAAAAGAGGAUUAUGUCACUAAAUUGCUUAUCUUUCUGCUCUGUUAAUGCUGAACUAGACAGUCAUUAUGCUAAAUCAUAUGCCUCACACACCUACAACCUUCACCAAUCCCUUUCUUAUAAUGUUAUUACGCAUGACAUUGUCAUCCAUUCAGUAUCAUCCACUUCAAACUAUGACACCAUUGGUUCCUCAUAUUAAACAGGUAUAUAUGGAUUUUGCGAAGAUUGUAUAAAGUCCUUGAGUCUGUAAGACUGGUGUGACUGACUGUUGUAGUAAUGUUGUUCAGUCUGAGCCCUAAGCAUUGCGCUGUUCACAUCUGACCACCAUCCCAAUUCUUUCAACACCUUGAGUAUAAUCAUCUGACAUUACAUAUUCAGCUGGUGCUAUCAUCUGUAGCUGUUAGAAAUAUAAUUGUCCAGGAAAUAUUUGAUUCUGCAAGGAAGGAAAACUAGCCAUUCAGUUAUGUCAGUCCGCACCAUUAAUUCACCAUUAAGAUUAUGUAAUAUAUUUAAAAUAGUGUGGGUUUAUUCAUGUUCCACAGUGGCACACUCGACUCAGUUGCACAAUCUGUAUUAAACUAUCACUGUUUGUCUUUUAUUUUUAUUUUUCCCUCCCCUCCCCCCAAUUCCUGUUUUGCACAAUCAUGAAACAGCAAAUUUUAAGAACUGCACCAUGCAUAAGCAGACUCUAACAUUCAGUUUUUUUUUGUCUGUUGAAUAUUUCAAGAUGUAUAUUCUCAGAAACAAGUUUUUUCGGUUGCCGUAUGGGAAAUUUUUAUUGAGAAUUUCAUGUUACUGAUGUUCCAGAACCCAUGUCAUGUUAAGAGCCCCUCAGAAACAUGCACAUCAGAAAUUGAUUUGGAGGUCUCCUGAUAUGGUAAUGCUUUAUCUGUUUUUCUGUUUAAGAUUGUCAUGAAAUAAUAAACUUUCAGCCUGUUGCUAUUCAUUUCUACAUUCUGUUAUAAAUUAAACUUGUUUUGUAUAUUUGGAUUGUGAAAUGAAACCAUUACUGCUUAGUGCAAUUUUUGUUGGAUUUUAACACGUUUACUGCUGGGAAGCAUUUUUUCACUUUUGCAGCUCUUGCAUAAACAUAGGUACCUUGUUUCUUAACCAUGCCAGAUUUUAAACUAGAUAUCAGUAGCUGGUGGAUCUGUAGAUGAUGAGUUAACCCUGUCACUGCAAAUUAUUUUCACACCAUCUUCUUAAAAUAAUACAAUUUUAAGUAAAAAUAUUAAAACAAUGAAUUUUCAUAGCCAACUGAAUGAAGUUGAACGAUUCAGCAAUAAAGGUUUUAACUUCUACAGAAAUAUAAGACUUCCAGUGUGUAAAUUGAAUAUUUGUUCAUUUCCUAGCUAGAACUGAAUUGUGUUUGGUAGGAAAUAGCAUGCAUUAUACUACAUAUAAAGUAAACCCCAGUUUUAACAUAAUACCAAGGAAAUUAAAUUGUUUUCAGACUUGUUUUUAUAUAUUCGUAAUCCAAAUGGCAUGUCAGAAAUUCAGGGCACAUGUACUUACUAAGCAGUACACAUUUUCAAGUAGGUCCAGGUUUCAAAUCUCAACCUGGAGAUCUAUCCUGACAGAUAUUUCAGUAAGUACAGUUCAGAACAAAGUAUUAAACAGUAAACAUUCAGUGACCUGUGAGGUUCUUAUGAAGAUGAUGGUGGCGGUUACAGUCUUCUAGGAGGUAACACCAUUGUCACCCUGAAAAUGGAGGCAGCAGGUUUCUUCGAAGCAUGAGAAUCUUUCUGUCUGACUACAUAAUGUUACAUCCCAGAAGACAGUAAUCUCCAAUAAAUAUCCAAACUGUUUUCCAGUAAAUUGUAUUUGCUCCCAAUUUUUAUGUUAAAGAGUUUCCACUUAUAAGAGUUAACUUUACAUUGGUGCAUCCUCUAUAUGAUUUGAAAAUUUUCUGAUACAGACAUGUUUCCAUAUAUUCCAAAUUCCGUUUUUGAUAGGCCUUUUGUCUGCACAAAGACUUACCAUGUACGUUGUGUAUAUGAAUAUCCCAAAAGAAAAUAGCUGAUAAAUGUCGCAUCCCAUCGUUAAAAGCAAAUCUUAUGCCCUGUAAUUCACAUGAAAUACCAUUAGAUUCAGUAGCAAAUUCAGUGCAGGAGCCAUACCUGGAGAAGUAUGUAACUUUGACUGUCACUGUGGACCAUCUGAGCACAAGUUCACAAUUCUUGCAUUUUGAACAGAUUAUACUAGUUGGAAUUGGAGGAAGAUCAAGAAAAAGUUCAGUUAUCAUUUUUAUUUGUGUAGAAGAGUUUUUUAAGUCAUAUGCAGGAAGUAUAGCUACAUUUCUCAUGGAAGAUAUUGCUUAAUAUUUGUAAGUGGAAAAAUGCCAGUAACAUACAGUGAAGCACCCAUUUAAGAUUUACUUAGUACAAUUUUAGAUGUGCUUAAUACUUGCAAAAUGUUUUCCCCCAGUAGGAGUAUGUGUGCAUAUAUGCAAUAUGCAUGCUUCCACAUGUCCACACAUGUGGAAACUGCCAUGACAAACCAUUUAAAACACUGUUUCUGAGAAGACUUAUCAAAUUCAAAGAGUCUGUUUUCAUGAAUUCCAUCUUUUGAUAUCAUAAAAAUUAUAUUUUUCUCAGAUCUUUUGUUAAAUGUCACCUCCCCCCUUUCAGCCACAUCUUAGUAUGGUAAACAAUUGUCCAAUGUGGAUUUGCUUAUGUAUGCAAAAAGAAAAUGCAAGUCCUUAUUUGAUGAACCCAGAAAUUUUGAAUAUAUGCAGUGUACCCACAGCCCUAACCAUGAAACACUGCAAUUUACUCAUAAUAUCAAGGUAAUGUUUCUGUGUCUUAACACAACAUUGGUCCUGCAACUUAUGGACCAAGAAGUUAUUAAGACAUUUUAGUUCUCUGACACUGAAAAUGUCUACAGGUGUGUAAUCAAAGCUGCAGGCUUGUGUUUUUGACAUCUAAAGCAAUAUAGGUAGAGCCAUUCAUUUGUAUGUCUUUAGGUAUUAAUUGGAGACUUUAUGCAGCAGUGUUCAUGCAUCCCCAAGUUUCGCCAGCACAGAUGUAUCUAAUGCACCAUUCUUGAGGAACCUAAACUCCAUGUGGAACGAAGGUUUAUCUUACUAUACCAGCAAUUUUAUUUUUUCAAAGUGUUGGUUGUGGUGUUGAUAUAUGUGAUUGUCUUUCAGCAAGGUAUUAUGUUUUGUUAUUUCAAUAAAUUUUUAAUAGGUUUGUAAUAAUUCACAUAAUAAUUAUUUCUUCCAUUCCACUAGAAGCUAGCCACAAGAUUAACUGCUGUUGAGAAAGAAACUACCAUCAUCCUAUUGAGUUCACUGUAUGUCUUAUUUAAAUGCAAACAUGGAAUAAGUAUAUAAUGUUUUCCAAAGAAACAUUGAUGCUUGGAGCUAUGUUGAUUCCCUGAGGUUUGUUUAAUACAUGUGACAUUUCAGGAGUUUGUUCAGCUCCAGUCUUCAGAUGAUUGGUUGUCAUUAUACUGAGUCUUUGGGGUGGGAACAAUUGCAGUGACUGAAUGAGAACUUUCUGAAUCUAAAUUUUACACAGUAAUUCAGAACCCACUAUAUGUUAAGGUAAACAUAAUGCAAUACGAGCAGUUGAUGUGCAGCUGUUUGGUUGUAAGCUGUUAGUCUAGAGUCUACAUUUACACUGUAGAUCAUUUAUUUUUCAAACCCUGACUGAUGGAUUAUUUUAAUGGCUGUGAUGACUAUACACCUUUUGGGAGAAAGUUACAGUAAUUAAUGGCUGCUUUAAAAUGGUCUUAGGUGUCAGGUGUUGGGACACAGCCAUCAUUUGUAUGCUGAUGAAGGUGCUAUACAUUCACCUUGUAUCCCCUGGUCCUCCCUGGGGGGGGGAAGGAGUUUUAAACCUAUUAAACCUGAUACAGAAUAUCUGAUGUGACAAAACCCUGGGUUCACCUGAAAUGGAAAUCUUUUUAAAUGUUUCUUACAAUAUAGUCAGGGCUUGAAAAUUGUGAUUGUCUACUCAGCUAAGGCAGACAUAAAUUCUCGAUAAUGGCAAAGUUUGCUUCAGUUUUUAAUGUUUUUUAUGUUAAUAUGUUGGUAUAACUUGAUGUUAUUAUGUCAGCAGGCUUAGAGGUCGCAAAUGGAUUUAUAAUUCAGGAAGGAUUCAGCAUAAUUCUUUGAGCCAUGCUAGUAGCAUUUAAAAUAUUCAGAUUCAGGUGGACUCUAAUAGGAAUAUGUUUUAAAGAAUACAGUACAUAAAAUGAAGCCCACAGGUAAAUGAAAAUAUUAUAAGCACAGCUUUGCAUUGCAUCUCUGUGAAGGUAUUCCACUUGAUUCAAUAAGUAGCCAGUGCUACUGCUUUCAGCAGGGUCUCAUUUUUUUUAUUGAUGUUAUGCAAAAUGUAAACUGUCUGGCAUGCAUAUUUCUCUGCCUCAAACUUUAAAUACUUGUUUAUUGCAUCUUCUGUCCUAUGGCCACUUGAUAAACAUAGUUUUUGACUGUCAAUAAAUACCACUAAGUUACAUUUGCAGCUAUGUAAUAUUAAGCAGUAUCACCUUCCUUAUUUGGCUACUCUAAUCAGUUUCAAGAAACAUUCUGAACACAAGACUGGUAAAAAGAAAAAAAAUUAUGUGAAUGGUAACACUAAACAAAUUUCCUAUUGUACUUGCAUGUUGCUAUGUGCAGAAACGUGGAUUACUUAUUGAAUUAAAAAUGUGUGAGGCAGCAUAAUGUGUUCAGCAGCAGUGUAUUAUAAUUGACAUGUAAUGAGAAUUUUAAUGUUUUAGUGUAAAGCUGCAGAUAAAUUUUCAAGUCAUAAUUUAAAAUAAUUUGUAACAUUACAGUCACUCCAGACUACAAGCCUGCUAUUCAGUGAAGCAAAUCAGCUUCUCAAAUGCUUAUUGCUUAGCAACAAAGACAUUUAUGAUGUGAUAUCAAAUAUAUAGAUAAGCUGCUUGUUCAAUUUCAAAUAAACAUUAUAACAGAU